AUGGCUAACGAGUACCAGACCCGCCAGGUCGGCGCACCCAACACCCUCGACUACCGUGUCUUCCUCGAGAAGGACGGCAAGGUCGUCUCCCCCUUCCACGACAUCCCCCUCUACGCCGAUGCCGACCAGACCAUCCUCAACAUGAUCGUUGAGGUUCCCCGCUGGACCAACGCCAAGAUGGAGAUCUCCAAGGAGGAGAAGUUCAACCCCAUCCUCCAGGACACCAAGAAGGGCAAGCUCCGUUACGUCCGUAACUGCUUCCCCCACCACGGUUACAUCUGGAACUACGGUGCCUUCCCCCAGACCUGGGAGGACCCCAACGCCAAGCACGCCGAGACCGGCGCCAACGGUGACAACGACCCCCUCGACGUCUGCGAGAUCGGUGAGGCUGUCGGCUACGUCGGCCAGGUCAAGCAGGUCAAGGUCCUCGGUAUCAUGGCCCUCCUUGACGAGGGUGAGACCGACUGGAAGGUCAUUGUCGUCGACGUCAACGACCCCCUUGCCCCCAAGCUCAACGACAUUGAGGACGUUGAGCGCCACCUCCCCGGCCUCAUCCGUGCCACCUCGGAGUGGUUCUGCAUCUACAAGAUCCCUGACGGAAAGCCCGAGAACGUCUUCGCCUUCUCUGGCGAGGCUAAGCCCAAGAAAUAUGCUCAUGAAAUUGUUCACGAGUGCAACGAGGCGUGGAAGAAGCUCAUUUCUGGCGAGGCCCCCGCCGGCGACAUCUCGCUCGUCAACUCGACCGUCCAGGGCUCGCCCGGCUACAUCACCAACGGCGACGCCGAGGUCCCCAAGGCCAACCCCCAGCCCGCCGCGCCCAUCGACUCGUCGAUCUCCAAGUCGUUCUUCAUCUCGUCCGCCUCGUCCUAA